AUGACAGCAGCUCAUGGUGGAGAUGAGCUGGCGAGGUCAGUGAGCCAAAGGUUGAGUUUAUCGGCAUCAAGUAGGAACUGGGCUUCAGCUAGCCUCAGAGACGCUUUCGCUGGAGCACCUGGAGGUGACGCUUUUGAGAAAACUGGAAUACAAGAUGAUGAAGAUGAACUCAAAUUAGCUGCCAUCGAGAGGCUCCCUAACUAUGAAGGAUCAAAGAAACAAAUGUUGAAGCAAGUUCCUGACAAUGGAAGCACCAACAUCGCCAAUAUUGGUCAUCGGGAUAAGAAGCAGCUUAUGGAAAGCGUACUAAAAAUUGUCGAAGAAGAUAAUGAGACUUUUCUUCGCCGUCUUCGAGAAAGAACUGAUAGGGUUGGGAUUGAAACUCCAAAGAUUGAAGUUCGUUACAAGAAUCUAUCGAUUGAAGGAGAUGUAUUCAUAGGGUCGAGGGCACUUCCAACUUUGUUCAAUGCCACCCUUAAUGCCAUAGAGGGAUUUCUCCAAGUCAUUAGGCUUGUUCCAUCCAACAAACAAGUUCUUAAAAUAUUGCAAGAUGUGAGUGGAAUCGUUAGACCAUCGAGGAUGACACUGCUUCUUGGACCUCCAAGCUCUGGAAAAACGACCUUUCUGAAGACACUUGCUGGAGUACAUGAAAAGGAUCUAACAUUAAAAGGAGAAGUUACUUACUGUGGCCAUAAAAUGUCCGAGUUCAUUCCUCAGAGAACUUGUGCAUAUAUCAGACAACACGAUGUCCACCAUGGUGAGAUGACUGUUAGAGAGACGUUUGAUUUUGCUGGAUGUUGCCUUGGUGUAGGAACAAGAUACGAUCUUCUGGCUGAACUUGUGAGACGCGAGAAAAUAGCAGGAAUUACACCAGACCCUGAUAUCGAUGCUUUCAUGAAAGCCACAGCAAUGGGUUGUCAAGAAUCAAGUGUUGUUACAGAUUAUGUUCUCAAGAUACUUGGGUUAGAUAUAUGUGCCGAUAUCAUGGUAGGUAAUGAGAUGCGAAGAGGAAUCUCUGGUGGACAGAAGAAACGUGUCACUACUGGAGAAAUGCUAGUGGGACCUGCGAAAGUAUUUUUCAUGGAUGAAAUUUCGACUGGUUUGGAUAGUUCGACUACUUAUCAGAUUGUUACGUAUAUGAAACAAAUGGUUCAUAUCAUGGAUAUGACCAUGAUUGUCUCGCUUCUGCAGCCUUCACCUGAAACAUUCGAGUUAUUCGAUGACAUUAUACUCCUUUCAGAAGGUCAAAUUGUGUAUCAAGGCCCACGUGUAUAUGUUCUUGAGUUCUUUGAAAAUGUCGGAUUCAAAUGUCCAGAAAGGAAAGGAGUAGCAGAUUUUUUACAAGAGGUUACUUCAAGAAAAGAUCAAGAACAGUACUGGUUCAAGAAAGAUGAACCCUAUCGCUUCAUCUCUGCACCUGAAUUCGCUCAUCUAUUCAGUCGAUCUUUACUUGGAGAGGCUCUUUCUCAUGAUCUUGAAAGUAAUUACGAGAAAACCAGUGUGCAUCCUGCUGCUUUGGUGAAGGAAAAAUAUGGUAUAUCAAAUUUCGACCUUCUAAGAGUGAAUUUAGCGAGAGAAUGGUUGCUAAUGAAGCGCAACGCCUUCUUGUACGUUUUUAAAACAUUUCAGAUUACAGUCAUGUCGAUUUUUGCAUUCACUGUGUUCUUUAGAACAACGAUGAAAAGUGGUCAGCUUAAAGAUGGUGGAAAAUAUAUGGGAGCAUUGUUCUUUAGUCUCCUUACUGUGAUGUUUAAUGGUGCUGCUGAGCUGGCACUCACAGUUAUGAGGCUUCCUGUCUUCUUCAAACAAAGAGAUUCUUUGUUUUACCCUGCAUGGGCGUUCGCCCUCCCCAUUUGGCUUUUAAAGAUUCCAAUAUCAAUCAUGGAAUCUGUCAUAUGGAUUCUUAUGACAUAUUACACCAUUGGGUUUGCUCCUUCAGUUAGCAGGUUUUUUAAACAACUUUUGGCUUAUAUCUGCGUGCAUCAAAUGGCUUUGUGUCUCUUUCGAUUUCUUGCUUCACUUGGGAGAAUACAGGUGGUUGCUAGUGCCCUUGGUACCUUUACACUGCUAUUAGUUUUUGUGUUCGGUGGAUUCAUCGUAGCAAAAGAUGACAUUGAACCAUGGAUGAUAUGGGGUUAUUACGCUUCACCCAUGAUGUAUGGACAGAAUGCCAUCAUGCUCAAUGAGUUUUUAGACGAUAGAUGGAACACUCCGAAUCCUGACCCACGAAUUAAUGAACCUACCGUAGGCAAGGUUCUUCUUAGUUCAAGAGGCAUGUUCAUGAACGACUAUAUGUUUUGGGUUUGUGUUGGUGCACUCUGUGGGUAUUCGCUGAUCUUUACUAUCUUCUUCAUUUUAGCACUCACUUACUUGAAUCCUCUUAAAGAUUCAAAAACUGUUGUUCCAACUGAAGAUGAAGAAAUUCAGCUCCCAACGUCACCCACAGAUCAAGAAAUGUCAGGAAGGAAGGCAAAUGGGUCUAAAAGGAAAGGAAUGGUGCUUCCAUUUAAACCGCUGUCACUUGCAUUUAAUCAUGUCAAUUACUAUGUAGAUAUGCCUGCGGAAAUGAAAACUCAAGGACUUGAGGAUGAUCAUCUACAACUUCUACGAGGUGUAAGUGGUGCCUUUAGACCAGGUAUUUUGACAGCUUUAGUUGGUGUUAGUGGUGCUGGAAAGACUACUUUGAUGGAUGUUUUAGCGGGAAGAAAGACUGGUGGCUACAUUGAAGGGAAUAUCAGUAUUUCCGGCUACCCUAAGAAUCAAGAAACAUUUGCUCGUGUGAGCGGAUAUUGUGAACAAAAUGAUAUCCAUUCUCCACACGUUACAGUUUAUGAAUCGCUUGUGUAUUCUGCAUGGCUACGUCUCCCUCCAGAUGUAACUCAUGAAUCACGACACGUAAGGUUUUCUCCCAUUUUUGUUUUACAAAUUGAUUAUAACUUGUUUUAA